UCACGUUCGAUGUAUGGUGUCAUUUCGUUUGUAAUAUUCGUGAUUAAAGAAAUAUUAAAAUGUUGAGAAGAUUCCUUGUAUGUUUAGUCAGCUAUGUCUUGCUACAUUGAAGAUAUGCUAGUGACUUUUGGUGGUGUGGAAAAGUUAUAGCGAAGAAAUUAUAGUUAAAUAGUUCAGUAUGAACUGUCACCAAGUAUUAAGUGGGGCCUGUAAUUCAGGAGAUCAAUGUUUUGCUGUGGGUUCAGUCGAGGGAAUCCCUUUCACAGCUUAUGCUGCGGGCUGCAACAUAGUGAUACUAGCUUCAAAUUUUGAGAGGGUCCAGAUUAUCCCCGGAGCUAUCCAUGGCUACAUCCGUAUCGGCUCCCUGGACUGCAGUACGGACACUGGAAAGAUCGCUGCGGCGUAUGGUGCUGAAGUCUGUAUAUUUGAGCCAACACCGUUGAUCCAUAGUGCAGCUACUACUCAUGGUUUGGAGUACCGAUGGGUGCAAACCGGGAAGCUCACCGCGGACGGACCAAUCACUGCCCUUUCAUGGAACUUGGAGGGCACGCGGCUCCUCACCGGUGGAAAGAUCUUGCAGCUCUGGCACCAAGCAUCACUUUAUCAAGAGGACAGCCAACCAAGCUCCGGUGUAACAUUCCAAAUUGGCGGCAGCGACAAAGACGACAAGCCGCCGAAGUUGCAGGAUGAAGACGAGCCCGGUUGGCUGUGCGUAUGGCAGUGUCAUACGGCGACUCCGGCGCAUCACCUCGCCUUUUCACCGGACGGUGUUCUCUUCGCUACUUCGGGAGUCAAUGACAGAUUAGUUAAGAUCUGGUAUCAAAAUAAAGUAUUGGUGCACGCGCAAGGCGAGCACGCGUCGUCUGACCUCAACUACACGUUCAUAUACGUCGCGCACCCGCGAGCGGUCACGCAUCUGUCAUGGCGGAAAACGAGCAAAUAUAUGCCCAAGGGCAGCGUUGGCAACGUGCUAGUGACAUCAUGCGUGGACAAUAUCUGCCGCGUGUGGUCGGAGACGCUACUGCCGGACGACGAGUGGGGCGGCUGCGUGACGGCGCACAGCCGCUCGCCGCCGCGCCGCCAGCGCGCCACGCACCGCCACAAGCACCGCUUCAUGCAGCGUCUCAAGCACAUGAAGACAUGCUUCCACAUACGACGGAACGCGCAGUCCUCUAAGCAGCCCGGGGCGCCCAUCCCCACUCUACCCUCGACGUAUAGUGCACACGACUUCCACAACCCUUAUCACGCCACAUCUUAUACUGGAGGUCUACAUUUCCAUCUAGCAGCAUCUAUAAACGCAGAGACAGACAUUCCCCUAGUGCCGUCGCUGGCCGGCGGCGGGCGGUUCAUACUGCACUGGCUACACAAUAAGGAAAUGCAUUUCACCAGCCAAGCUGAGGCCAUACUGCAUGAUCUUACUAAGAAGGUUUUGGAUAAAGAAGAGUCUGAAGAAGGAGGUUCAGAACACACCACGCAUCCGGACGGAGAGAAUGACGCGAGUAGCGGUAACCACAGCCAUCCAACCCUGUCCAACACGACGUCCAUAAACUCCAUAGCAACAGACGUAACGUGCACGCACUUACCCGACUCGUUAGACGCGAAGAUUGAAGGACUUUUACGGGAUUGGCAUCAGAGCCCUGAUCUACUCUUCUCUAUACAUCCUGUGGACGGCAGUUUUCUUAUAUGGGUGUGCGAAUGGCUAGACGAGCUGCAAGCGGGCGCGAUCCGGCAGGCGCAAGUGUCGUUCUCGGCGCGGAUCCCGUCCGCGUUCCCGCUGGGCGACGCCACCACCAUGUGCACGCCGGCCGCGCUCUACCACGCCGCGGCGCAGCCGCUGUACGUGCGGCACCGCACCAAGCCCGUCACACCCGGCCAACAACAGCAGCAGCCUGAAACCGUGACGACACCGCUGGCGAGCGUGCAAGAGGAGAAAGAGGACACCGAGUGGCCUCAGAACGACGAACAAAAAGAACCUCUGGAAAACGGAGAAUUAGAAGAAAAUAACAACGACAUGAAGCGUAAACAGAGUAUAGCCACAGAAGACUUGGGUGAAAACCAAGAGGGCGACGUGUUGGACUCGGCCCCUGUCAUAUCCAUGGUCACCAACCAUACUAAUGGCACGCUCAAUCUAUGGCAGCUCACGUUUGAUGACAAGUCUAAAUUUUCACAGGUGUUAUCAAUAGGACACGCGUCAAGAGCGUCCGGACAUAGGUUUAGGGUCAACGACAUCACAUGCCAUCCAGUAUUACCUCUAUUACUAACGACGAGCCACCACAACAUAUCAGAUAGUGACAGAGAUACGCACGCACCCAACGACGACACCGCGGCCGGCGGGCUGUGCUCGGAGCUCAUAAUGUGGCGAGUGGAGUGCGUGGGGCCGCUCGGCAAGUCGGGCGGCGUGUCGGAGCUGGCCAGAGUCAACUCGCCGCAUCUCUCCGCCUUUAGCAACGUGGCGUGGCUACCUACGCUACUGCCUAGCACAACUCUCGGCAACCUGUCAAACUCUCCGUCGGCGUGUUUCGUGGCGAGCGACGGCGAGAGCCUACGCGUAUUCCAGGCGGUUAUCGACGCGCGGACGCUACUCGCCGAGAUAGCCACGUCGGAGCGGCGACACAACAACAACGUAAUGCCACAAGACACAAUGUCCAUGUCAUCCGAGUCAACAUUAGAGGAAGGCGGUGGUAUACCGCUCCACGAUCGCAUCAGGAUCGUGUCGCAGCAGUCCACGGCGCGGCCCGGCGCCAUCAUACAGCUGCACGCCAUCGCCGACGCCACGCACGACUGGCACAACACGCAGCUGCUGCACGUGUUCCAGGAGCAGCUCAUCACAGGCGAACGUACCACGACAGACACCGACAGCACCGACUCCGGCGUCGAAGGCGACAUACACACUAUAACAGAAGCUGGUCUAGAAGCAAUAGUGGAUCUUCGUAAAGCGGCAGUCUUCAACGAGCCUUUCUACAUAGUGGUCUUGGAGCGCACAGACGGUGGCUCCACUGUGCAUAUGUGGAGGCUCACUGUGUCCUCACAGGCGGAUCCUUCAGACGAGCUGACGAACAGCAUGAUGUACGUGCCGGACAGCGCGCUGGUCCAAGAAGAUGAGGGCGAGUCCCGAAAGAACUCCGUGUCAUUCGACGCGGCGGAGCGCGCGCCGCCGCCGCCGCCUGCCAACUCGCAUCUUGCUAUCACUACUAAAAAGGUGUGCGAAUGUCCACUGGCGCUGCCGGAUGGAGUGGAUGUGAUCCACGCUACCCCGGCCGCUGGUCAUUUAAGUUCGGCCUCCAUAUACCCCGCCUGCCUAGCGCCUUACAUCCUAGCCACGGCGUGUUCGGACAGUACACUGAGAUUCUGGAAAUGCAGCGUUACGAAAAAAGACAAUGACGAAUAUGACUAUUCUUGGAAAGAAUGGGAAAUGAUGAAUAAGGACCAUGAGUCUGCUAUUGACAUUCCGGGGCAACCGCUCCACAUAAGCGCCGCGUACUCGGGCCGCAUAGCGUGUGCAUACAAAUGCGGGCGCUCAUUCACCCGGCCCAAGGGCGGCGCCACCUCCGCCAACUCCAACCCCGACGCGCGCUUCGUGAACCUGAGCGUGUGCGUGUACGAGUGCGAGAGCACCGGCGGCGCGGAGUGGCUGCUCGAGGACACGAUACCGCUGAAGAACGUCAGCCUGCCGAGGGUCGGGGUGUGCGCGGACACGCAGAUCGACUUGUCCUAUCUCAACAACAGCGCGUUCAUGCAGAAGAAGCUGCGGGUCACGCAGGUCCUUCAAACCCUGUCGUCUGACGAGAGCCGCAACCGCAACGGCGAGGCGGAACCGGGCAAGUCCGCGGGCCUCCUCGCCGUGCCUUCCUUCAGCACGCUGCAGUCUCUUCGGAAGAGUAUCAUGGAAAACGGGAACACGUGUCCACUGACGCAGAAACACUUGGUGCAACUAGAUUGGGUGUCGAAGGAGGAUGGAUCGCAUAUACUGACUGUGGCGGUUGGAAGCAGGGUGUUGUUGUUUACGCCGGUGUCUAGCGACUUGGCUCAAGCCAACUUGAAGGCCAUGAAAGAAUCCAUCAACAACAACCGUCCAAUACUCCGCAAGGCAUCCUCCCUGGCAGCUCCCUUAUUCGUCGAAGAAAUCCGAUGGAUGCAACUCAGGCGUAUCCAAUUGAAAACCGCCGAUGGUUUACCACCCCUGCCCAUGCAGAUAUCGUGGGUGCGAGACGGGAUAUUAGUGGUGGGGAUGGACUCGGAGAUGCACGUGUAUUCGCAGUGGAAGCCAGAGCAUCAAAACGCCGCUUUGGGCAUGUCUGGUGUACAGGAAAUCGAUGAGGGCAGCGAAUCCCGCGCUUUACGUGACUCCGAUCUGCGAGUCUCAGCGCCGCAUUUACAGAGAGUGUCCUCUAUCAAUCUACAGUUGUUAGAGCGGGAUGCAAGACGACGGAACAAGACGCAGCCGGAUCAGCCGCAGCCUCUUCUCGACUACAUGCCGGACUAUGGUCUCUUCGAGGCAUCUCAAAUGGCCUGCCCAGUGUUGCCGCAGUAUCAUCCGAAGCAGCUUAUGGAAUUGCUAAACAGCGGAAAAAUACGAUGGGUUAAAGCUAUCCUCGCUCACUUGGUGAGACGUAUCGGCGGCACAUGCGCCGGACGAGGGUCUCAGGGCGACGAAGACAGUUUAUCCAGACAGCGCGGCUGGUCGCGGUCGCGAACUCUUUCGGUGUCGUUCGCUGCUGGCGCCGCUUCGCCGCUAGAUGGCGUUGCUCAGAUAACAGAAGACGUGCAGCUAGAUUACGCAGAGAUAACUUCGGUGCCGCCGCUCCCUCUCUGGACGUUGCUUGUUGCCGACAAGGAGUCUGCCCACCAUCCGUCCACAAUACAGGAGGCCAAGGAUUACGGAGAUCUAUUUGACGGGACCAUGGACGUAGAUGAAGACUUGGACGCGUUGUUAUUAGACGAGGAGGAGUGCGUCGAUCGCCGGCCGUCGAUGCCGCCGGAGCGGCAGCCGUUGUCGCACUUUGGACCUCGUCAAGGCCGCAUUCUCUCCCGGCUACUGACCCACACACAUUUACCCGGGCUGAGUUCACUAGACCAGAUGCAUUUGCUCGCGUUGGCCGACACAGUGUCGACGUGCGACGCCGACUUCGCCGAACGCUUUGCCGCGAACGCCCGCGUCGAUGUCGCGCAGGGCACAGGCCAAGAGAUAUUACCUGACUCUUUGGACGAUUGCGGCCUCCGAUUCCUCCUCGCCAUGAAGCACUACGGCUACCUCCUCCGCUGCCUGCCCCUGGCUCAACGCGCGAACCAACAGCGGAACGGCGUGGGCACCUGCAACCUCGUGUGGGCCUUCCAUUCGGAGACACACGAGCAGCUACUGGCUUUGAUACCGGGCUACUCUAAAGGACAGCCCAAGUGGACCACUAUGAGAGAGUUAGGCGUAGGCUGGUGGAUAAGAGGCGACCUGCUGCGCAUAUGCGUGGAGCGGCUCGCCCGCGCCUCCUACAUGGCCAAGCAAGAUCCCAUGGACGCUGCGUUGUACUAUCUCGCUAUGAAGAAGAGGAUGCUGCUAUGGGGUCUGUUCAGGUCGAGUAGAGACGAGAAGAUGACAGCAUUCUUUUCAAACGACUUUUCGGAGGAUCGCUGGCGGAAAGCGGCGCUGAAAAACGCGUUCGUGCUGCUCGGAAGACAGCGGUUUGAACACGCUGCCGCCUUCUUCUUACUCGGAGGAGCCCUGAAAGAUGCCUUGGAGGUGCUGAUAACUCGACUAGGCGACUUGCAGCUGGCCAUGGUCGUCGCGAGGCUGUACGAGUCAGACAACCCAGCGUCACCCAGUUUGAAGAGAUUGUUAAUGGAUGAAAUUCUCGGCGGCGAAACCGAAGACGGCCAAAUAGACCUAGAGCGAGCACACCCCGACCCAUUCGUGCGCUCCAUGGCACUCUGGGAGCUGAAGCGAUACGGCGAGGCCCUCGACACUUUACUAGCGCCCGCGGGCCGUCUGCACACCGCACGCGAGUCGCGCGACAAUGAGCCCGUGCCCAGCGUGUUCAACUUCUACGUGUACCUGCGCACGCACCCCAGGCUGAAGCGGCACAACCUGCCCAGUCAGGGAGCAACGCUAGCCCUCCUCCAACAAGAGUCCGACGAAGGCAUCACGCGGCUCGAGCGGCGGCUCUACUUCCAAACGGCGCACGGACACUUCAAGGCGGGCUGCCCCGCGCUGGCCUUGGAGGUGUUGUCGAAGCUACCGGCGCGGGUGCGGGACGAGCGCCGCCCGGCGCCCGUGGCCGCGCCGUCGGUCGACGAGGCCACCAUACACACAGGGCAGCUGACCGAUGCGAGCGAAACAAAACAAACCGCGAAUCCUGACCCAGCGCCUGCAGAAAUGGACUGGGGCUCGUCAACAAUAGACAUGGACUGGAGCGCGCCUGUCAGCAAACCUAAAGACGACGAACUCGUGCUCAGCUGGGACGAUGAAGAUGACAAGGGUUCUGGAGCAUCAGGCGCAUCCACGCCUCCGCUAGAAAUGAAGAUGGACAAGACAGAAGAGACCGAAGCGAACGGGGCGGCUGAAAGCGAGAAAGAGAAGGAAGACGAGGCGCCAUCUGUCGACAUUAUGGCGCAGCAGCUCAAGUUCGUGGCGUGCCUCAAGAUAUUGAUGGAGGAGUUGAGCACCCUUGCUACUGGGUUUGAAGUGGAUGGGGGUCACCUCCGCUACCAGCUCUACAUAUGGCUCGAGCGCGAAGUCGAGGCCCUCCGUCGGCUGUGCGGCUACGCGUCCGCGAGCAGCGCGGCCGGCGGCGGCGAGCUCAUAUGUGCUGACGCGGACCCACCGCCAUUACCCGACCGGCCGACGCUGCAUCAGCUACUUAUAAGGGAGAAAGCGGACUUUGAGGCUAAAGUGCAGAGGGCGGUCAGGAGGAAGAAGUGGCUUAAAGCGAACGAAACCCUCCUCCGUACACUGCUGUCCUACUGCUCGCUACAAGGCGCAGGCGGGGGCGGCCUGGCCUCCGUCCGCAUGGAACUAGUACUGCUGCUGCAAGAGCUGGGACAAGACAAACAGCACCAGCAGUUACUGUCGCCUCUGCCGUUCCCUACUACACUGCCGCUGCUGGCCGCCGCCGUGGCCACUAACAACACCGUGGUGGCGGACCCCGUCAGACACCUGCAGUCCGUGGCGCAAGACAUGCUGGGAACACUGGGUGAGAUGGGCAUCCCCGGCGGCUCGGCCACUCGCCUGUUACACACGCUACGGGUGCUCGCCGUGGCGCUCUCCGCCUGCAUCUACCAGAGCCUGUGCGACUCUGAUACCUUCCAUCUCAAGCACCACCAUACGGACAGUAUCAUUGCCGAAACACCGGGAACCCACACGUCCCAUAUGCUGGCUCGGCAAAGACGGUAUUCAACUGAAGAACUUACUGUCACCACUCCACCUAACAAAUGGCCAGGAGUGUCGGCGUUACGCGGGCUGGCUCUGCGGGCGGCCGAGGAGGAGGAGGCGCCGCGCCUGCCCGUGCUGCUGGCGGAGGCGUUCUGCGCGGUGUACCUGGCGCUGCUGGGCUGGGCGCUGGCGGCGCGCGACGCGCACCUGCUGUACCGGCUGGCCGCGCACACGGCCGACGCGCGCGCGCACGCGAGGCUGUUCGGCGGCGGCGUGCGCCGCCUGCUCACCACCGCGCCCGCCCCGCCGCAGCCAAAACUAGUGGAACGCGCUGAGGGCACCUCCGUGUGGUCCUCUCUCCGCGAGAAGCGAGCGCUGCUCAACAUGCGGCUGCUGGGGCUCGGGCCCUCGGUCCCGCACAAGAACAUCCAGGAGGGCAGGCCCACUUACAGGGAGCAGUUCGUGCCGCCCUACUGCAGUAUAUUGACGUUCCUGUUGAAUAAGCCAACUCCCGAGCAAGACCCCGAUUGCUGCGAUUAUGAUUCAGCGGAGUCGGGUGCUGAAGAUCCCGAUGACAGCGGCAGCGAAGCGGACGAUGACGACAUCUUUGAUACUAACCCGGCCAGAGAGGCGAAACGCACCAAACUAGUGAAUACAGAGCACUCGGACCCGGACUCUUACUCGUGGGUGCUGAUGCGCGUCGCGGUGCUGCGGCUCUCGCAGCAGAAGCUGCAGCACUUCCUGCAGCUCUGCGGCAUCGAGAUGUCAGAGCUGGCAACAACGAGUCCUACCGUGCACGCCGCCUUACGCCGCGUGGACCAAUGGCAGCAGCAGUUAACCGAGAACCUGGAAUCGCGUGCUCCGCCCCCCGACUAUAUCCCGGGCUGCUUCCCGGAGCAGCUGCCCGCCGGCCCGCCCAUCAACAAGUACAGAUGCUUGUUAGAGAAACACAAUACGCCAUUCAACUCUAAUCUAUUCAGCACUGCGCCUGCGAGACGACUGUGGAGUUUCCUCGUACGACAGGAGUCAGUUCAGGAAAUAUUUAUCCGCGCGGUGUUCUCCCGGCGUCGCACCAUGUCUCUCACAGCGGAAGCGACCGGCGAACCGCGUCCUGGCUGCCUUCCCAACCAACAAAGGCUCGGGGACGAUUUGCACAAUCCAGUCAGGAUUAUACACAAGGAGCAGGACUCCAUCGCUGCCUUCUGUCUCAACCGGGUCGGCGGUGCAUUGCUUGCGGUAGCAACGGCGCGAGAGGUGCAGGAGAUGGACGUGUCGCUCCUACUGCGCGGCGGAGCGAGCUGGGCCGAGGACGAGUGCGAGGUGGACCUGCUGGCGCUCGCGGCCGACCCCGCCGCGCUGCCCGACACAGGCUUCCUGCUCAUACAGCACCAGGACAAGCCCAACAACGGUUCCGUGCCUGGCACCGGCAACAGCUCGCCACUGAACCCCAACGCGCCGCAGAUCCCGGUCGGCAUGGCGAGUCAGACGGGGCGGGGCGCCAGCGUUCUGGAUCGACGGGCAAGCCACGCAAGUACUAAGCCAACUGGCCACGAAGCGUAUAUUGUCACAGUGCUGAAACACAAAAUUGAUAACAUCAAGCGUAUGGCAGCUCAUCCUUCGCAACCAUUGUACCUGACGGGCGGUGCCGACGGCUCAGUCCAACUCUGGGAAUGGGGCCACUCGUCCUGCGUGUGGUCGGUGCGCGCGCCCGGCGCCUUCGCCAAGGUCACCCGCGUCCGCUUCUCCGACUACGGGAACAAGUUUGCGGCUGCGGAUGCCGACGGCAACCUCGCCAUGUGGCAGCUGCACCCGUCGGCGCAGCAACACGACUCUACGCAACCACACGCCUCCGCUAGGCCGUUCUUCACUCACCAGUGUCAUAGUAAAGGAAUUAGUGACUUCGUUUUUCUUGGUUCCUGCAGUUUAGUUGCUACAGCCGGGCAUAGUUCGGAAAGCAAAAAUGUUGCCAUAUGGGAUACGUUGAUGCCGAUCAAGAAGGCGUUAGUUGUUUCCUGGACAUGCCACGAGGGCGGCGCGGCCUGCCUCGCCUGGGCUGGCUCGGCCGGCGCGCUGGUGUCGUGCGGGCGGCGCGGCGACGUGUUCGUGUGGGACCUGCGCACGCGCGCCUCGCGCCACAAGCUGCACGCGCACCACGCGCCCAUCAAGUGCGUCGCGCUCUCCCACCACGAGGACCAGUACGCCAUCGGCGCGGCCGACGGGGACAUCAAGGUGUUCUCACUGAUGACGCACCAAUUACUGCAUACGUUUGCCGGCGAGCAUGCACGCAGCUCCUUCUUCAAGCACAUCGGUCAAGGCGUCACGCAGAUUCAUAUCGACAGCGCCGGACGGCUGUUCUCGUGCGGCGCAGACGGCACCAUGAAGGUGCGCAAACUGCCCGAGCGGGACACGCCGCCGCCGAGCCACGCGCAGUAUUCUAAUUAAUAGGCAGGCGAGGUGCACCAGCGAGAGCGGUCGUCGGCCUACCCGCGAUACCCUUGUGAUGUAUUUAUCGUUAUUGAUACUCAAUAUUACGAGUAUGAGAUAUACGCUGUUAGACUAGUCACUGUUAUUAAAUCUUUAGUUAAUUCUAGUGUGAAAUAUUCGCUAUUUUUAUCGUAAUGUACCUUUGUCCUAGAUGAAAGAUAUAAUUUAUUUAUUCGCACGUGCUGUUGGCUGAAUUUGUAUAAGUCCACUUUAUCGGCCGCGGGCCUAAGUGAAUGGAUAAAGGAGUUGGUGAACUCGCAUUUUGAAAUCAUCAUCCAUUCGAACAGAGUACUGUCUUAUAAGGCUUAAAGCUCUGGUUACCUAGGAUAGCGGUGCCGCCAUAUAGCGGCCAUCUCCGUACAAAAUACUACGAUAUCCAUUUUUAGCCGUAUAAUUUUUUAUGGAGACGACCGCUAUAUGACACGCACCAACCAACAAAAUUAGGUAUCUUUCAGUUUUCAGUCUCAAUAUAUUUCACAAUCGAAAUAGCAGGAAUAACUGUUAGUGCAGUUUUGUUCUUUGAUUUGGCCGAUUUUAAGUUUCAUAUCGAAGUUGGUGUGACUUCAAAAUGCGAGUACGCGUAGUUAGUAAUUCUUAUGUGGUAUUGUAUCGUCUGAAGUAGAUUGUGUCUAGUUUGAACCAAGUGCAAUAAGAUCGCUAACUUAUGAAUAACGAUGUUGCCACAUCGUCGAAGCCUUUAAUAAAUACAGUUAGCCCCUUGAUCAAUCUAGCUUACGUGAGUGCGUAUUACUUAUAUCAUAUGUGUAUUAGGCUAAGCAAUAAGAAGGUAUAGAGGGAAAUGCUAGGAACACAAUUUUUGACUCCGUAACUUUGGACUAGUUAAGAGGUGAACAUAUAAAAAGUUUUAACUGUUCUAAGCUUUCGGUUUGUCUGAGUAGUCAUGUCGCUAAAACGCAAAAAUUGGACCUUACCUCCCUCUCUCCCCCGGCGUAGAGGCUACGGCCGGGGACUUUUGAUAUGUUCACCCCCUAACUAGUCCAAACAAAGUUACGGAGUCAAAAAUUGUGUUCCCAGCAUUUCCCUCUACAACUUUUUUUGAGCAUUCAUUGCCUGACCUAUAUCUUGUUAACGCAUAAUAAUUUAUAAUAUUUAUCUCAUGAUCGUCUCUGUUGGCUAUCGUGAAUGUAAUGUUUAACUUUUAUGGAAUACGUAUAAUCACAUUCGUAUGUGGGGUCAUGCUUGAUACAACGCACUUUUGUUAUCGUUUAUACAUGUUACUUGUAUCUAUUGUUGAAAUUAUUUGAGAUUAACUAGCUUUUAAAAUUUCCUAGCCUGUUUUAAUGUCCCACUGCUGGGCAAAGGCCUCGAAUAAAGCAGGCUUUUCAAAUAUCGAAUGUAAACAUAUUGUAAAUGCAAAAUUGACAGCUGAGAUCGAUAUAGUUGGGCGGCGCCAUGUGUUUUGUGGUAUCGGUUGUGAAAGUUAGUGCUUUCUGGCUAGUUACCUCGUAAUGUAUGGGGUUCUAUUGCGGUAUCUAUUUCAGCUCUCAAACUGCAGCUAUAGUGUAAUUCUAUGGAACUUGCGAACUAUGUAAACAAACCGCCAUAUUGAAAUUAAAUAAAUAAAUAGUAUAGGACAUUUUUACACAAAUUGACUAAGCCCCACGGUAAGCUCAAGAAGGCUUGUGUUGUGGGUACUUAGACAACGAUAUAUGUAAUAUACAAAUACUUAAAUACAUAGAAGACAACCAUGACUCAGGAACAAAUAUCUAUAUCAUCAUACAAAUAAAUGCCCUUACCAGGAUUCGAACCCGGGACCAUCGGCUUCAUAGGCAGGGUCACUACCCACUAGGCCAGACCGGUCGUCAAUUGUUAAAGAAUGACGAAUUUACUAGUGACUUUUGUUUACACAGUUGUCAAGUUCCAUAGAAUGACACUUUACGGUACGCUACUUUAAGCGUUUUAGGAUUACUUUGUUUAUGCCAGCAUUCUUCCUCUCCCAAUAUUAUUGUCACAGGUUGUACCUAACUUUGUUCUUGUCAAAUAAUUUCAACCAUAUCCAUGUUACACUUUCAUACACCUUAGAAGUAAGUUUCACUUUGUAACAUGGUAGAAAUCGAGAACACAUCCAUUUAUAAGCAAUAUUUAGUUACGAAGUAUUUUGGAAGAGAUAUAUAUUUGAAUGAAGUAUGUUGCGUUGCUUAUGCGGUAUGCAUCGUUACGUUACCAGUAUUAUCACAAUUGUAACUACCCGAGGAUGACCCAUCUACCUACCGCGAACUACGUUAGACGUGUUGCCUCCCUGUCACACUUAUGUACGAAUUUACAAGUGCGAUAGAGGCAAGACGUCGAACAUGGUUCGCGGUAGGCCCUCAGCAUACCCCGGGGUUUUGGGUGCGGGAAUGUUUAACACUAGCCAAGAAUAGGUAAGAACUAUAAAAAAACAGAAACUAUAUUAACAUUUCUAAGCAGAAUUCAAGCUUACUGCCUGUUUGUAAUUCAUAGUUUGGUAAACAAUAUUACAAAGUUAUAAAUACACGAAAUCAUUUGCCGGGACGCAACCAAAACCUCAGGGUACCUAUGCCUAUCAAUGGCGGAGCGUCUAUAGAGCAUAGGUCCCAGCAGUUUGCCUAAUUUGAGAAAAUUGACGAUUUUAGCGUACACAGCCCAGGUGCUCAACAUAUCUGAAUAUGCACUCUAACGCCUUCACAAUAGAGGCGUGUUCAGAUAUUUGUUAGCGCCUUGCCCGCACCGAUAUAUAUCUGAUAGCGCUUGUAGAUAGGCUCUGUUUCAAAAAACAGGCCAAAUUAGCUCUGGCCUUUCCGCUGGGACUGGCUGGGAACAAUUGACGCGCCGCCACUGUAACCUUAAUUGGAUAAUAUUUUAUGAAAUUUAAAAAUAUUUCACCAAUAUCAGAAUCUGUCAGGAAUUGGGACAAAGCAUGAUUGAAUAUCACCUAAAUAACUGUUAAUAAGAGCACGCUUUUUUCACAUCAAAUGCACUAAAUUCUGCUUAGUCCAUCAUUAGGUACCUACAUCCGUUCAUUAAUCUUAUGAAAGUUAUAUAUAAUAUAAUGUGAACUGCCUUCCUCAUUCGUAGUGGCAAAAAGACACUUUUUGUUGUUUUCUUAUUUAAUCAAGUCUAUUUGUGAUAUGGUAUUUAUUUAUAUAGGUUAAUGUUAUAAUAUAUUCACCAAAGUUAAUGAUUUAUAAAAUAUUUCAAAACUAUAGUGUAAAACCAAACGAAAACUAAGCUUAUGGAUUUUGUAAAUGUACAUAGAAAUUUCGCACAAUAAUCACUUGAGUAUUUUCCGAGUUAUUUAUUGUUAUCGGGUAUGUUUCGCUUCCUUUGUUAUAAACUUGUUUUCGAAAUUGUUUGUGUAUUUUUUUUUUGUAAUCACCACAUCACAACUUGCUUAGUGUUCUGUUAUAGUUUUAGAACACACUUUAUUUUUUUUAACUUGAUACGUUCCCGUAUAUCAUGAGCCGAGGUAGAAAUAAUACAAUUCAUUACCUUGGAAAAGGUAAGAGUUAUCCUAUAUACGGUGGCGUACAUUGGCAUAGAUAUCUAAGGACUGGCCUUACGACCAUUAAAAUGGUACUAGUUCAGCGGUGUCACUCACGAAUUCCAGCCAAUCGUGCAGUCUAACGCAACUAGUUGCGACUUGCGACCAAUAUCAAGCGUGAUGCGAACUCGUGAACCAGUCGCGCGCGAGUGCGAACUCAUCAAUCGAUCGCGUUGUAGCGGAGUCACAUCGCUGUAUUGGCCUCUAUAAUGUCUCAUUAUUAUUGCCCAUAAGGCCAGUCCCUAGAUACUAUAUAUAUACAUAGAUACUAUAGACACUGGUGGUGAUGGUGAAUGAUGUCAAGGGGUCAUCCAUUAAUUACAUCACACGUUUAGGGGGAGGGAGGGGGUCAAGAAAAUGUGACAUAUUGUGACAUGGGGGAGGGGGGAAACACAAACUUUGUGACGUCACUUUAAAUUCAUCAGUAACCGAAAAUUUUUUAAAUUAUUUUAUUCGCUGUACAUUUAAAUAACAAGUUUUUAAAACGAUAAUCGUUUUUAUUCGUUUAAUUUUCUUUCCUAAGCAGCUUUGGGUUAUAAAAUUACUAAUAUUUAUAUCGUCAAAAAUAUUUUGAUAAAAUAUUAAUAAUACUUAGGUACUUACUUAAUUCGAUUUGGCUAUUUCGUAGAAAAAAUGUGACGUCACACUAGGGGGGAGGGGUUUGCCAAAUGUGACCAAGUGUGACAAGGAGGGGGGGAGGGGUCAAAAAACCUAGAAAUUCGUGUGACGUAAUUAAUGGAUGACCCCCAAUGGUGGCGUACCUAGGCAUGGGCGAAAGCCUAGCACUUAAGGGGGCCCGGCGAGAGCCAAUCUUUUUUGGGAAUACACAUUAAAGAAAAGGGCUUUAUACAGAUGCAGCUUCGCCCACGGCUAGAUUAGUUCACGCUAUGGCUACUGUCUAUAUAUCCAUACAACUACUGUCUAUAUAUCAUACACAUAUUUUUGUUUACCUUGUCUUUUCUGUACCCGAAAGUUUAGAAUAUUGGCAUUACGCAUACUAUAUCGGGACCGAUGUAAAUCACUAACAGAAAAUAGGCUCCAGCAUUAACUUUCAGGUGCAGGAGGGAGAUUUUUCAGUCCCAGGAACUAAUAUUUAUGACACUUAUGACCAGCUAAUUCAAGUAUAAUAUUUUAACACAUUCAUUGCCACUAAGUGCUACGGGUUACGCUCGUGGCGCGUAGCCAUGUCUUUGCCGUAUGGAGCGCGUAGUCGCUACGAACAGUGUACCCGACAGUCGGGUUCUUGGCCCUGAAUGUGUUAACUGGUUCCUUUUUUCGAUUAAUCUAUUUACUACGAACAUUUUGUAAAUUCAAAUUCACCAUUCUUACUUUCUGAAAAAAAAUCUAAAGUUUCAUGGAAAAAAUACGAAAUCUUUAAAAGCAAUAUUUGUGCCAUUUCCAAGUAAAAGGCAACUACUUAGUAUUGGUUAAUAAUCAAGCGAAAUAAUUGAUGAGAAAACGUCCUUAUUGACGACUUAUUAUUGCGGUGCUUUUUGCUUGGAUAUGUCACGUACCUACCUAAACCUAUACAGUCAGCAGCAGAAGUUGCUAAACGGCUGAGGUAUUCAAAAUUAACUUAAGUAACUUAACUGUGUGCAAGUCAUUUUGUAUAGGUUAAUUCCUCGCCCGCUUAGCUACUUUUGGUACUGACUGUACAUAAUUUCUGUGGAAUGUCCUCACUGUUGCCGUGCAGACUGUACAAAAUUACUUUUGUAGGGUUUUAGCUGUGAUCUGUAUUUUGUAAGUAGUUAAUUGGCGUUGUUUCAGUGAAAAAACAUGUCUAUAGUAAAGUUUAUAAUAUUAUUGUAUCUAUUUUGAUAAGUUACAUAAUAUGAAACAAUAACUAAUGAUAGUAAUCCGUGAACACAGAAAUCGUUUUGUCAAUUUAAAUAUAAUAAAUGACCCUAGAUGAAUAUGAAUAAAUAAAAGCAUUCUGCACCUACGUAAUACUUAUUUAUAUAAAGAUUCAUUAUAGUGCUUAUUUUGUUUUAUUUAUAAAAGAUAAUUUAAAAUAAAAGUCAACUUAACUCA